AUGGUUCACGUGCAGAAGGGAAUCCUCAUUGAAUGUGACCCUCAGAUGAAACAGUUUUUGUUGCAUUUGGACGAAACCAAUGCUUUGGGAACGCGUUUUAUAAUACAAGACUUGGACUCAACCCACCUCUUCAUCUCCUCAGACAUCAUCGACAGCCUUAAGAACCAAAUCGACGAUCUCAUGGAUCAGAUCUCGUUCAUUGACAUCAAUUAA